AUGUCUUUAAAGAAUUUUGAAUUCAUCCAGAAGCUAGGAGAAGGCGCAUUUUCACAAGUUUACAAAGUUAAGAGGGUAAUUGACAGCCAAAUUUAUGCUUUAAAGCAGGUAAGAUUUGGAUCAUUGAGGCCUAAAGAAAAAGAAAAUGCUUUAAAUGAAGUAAGGAUUUUAGCUUCAGUUAUACAUCCUAACAUAAUUGGAUACAAAGAAGCUUUUAUAGACGAAUCUUCAAAUAGUUUAUGGUAGUUUUUACUUACUCCCUCUGUGAGUAAGCCAAAUAACUUUGCUAGCUUACGAAUGGGGGGUAUAAUUUAACUAAAAUGCAUUUUUUUGGAAGAUAAAGGAAUUUCAAUUCGCGAAUAUUGGAGUAAAAAUAAAAUUUAAGUUUUAGAUGCAAGCUAUUUAAAUUCAACAGAAUCGGCUAGAGAUUCAUUAUAAUAGUUAUUGUUUAUAUAUUAAAAAAUUGCAGCUAUGAGGGCGGCUUUGCUUUAACAUGAAGGGUGGAGCUAGUAUUGUGAUGGAAUUUGCAGAUGGAGGUGAUUUAUUAUCUAAAAUAAAUUCUCAUAAGCAGAAAAAUACUCAUUUUCCAGAAAGAGAGCUUUGAAGCAUUUUUAUUCAAAUGCUAAGCGGUGUAAAAGCGCUUCAUGACCUCAAAAUCCUUCAUAGAGACUUAAAGUCCGCAAAUGUUUUCGUUACCCGAGAUGGGGUAGUGAAAAUCGGGGAUAUGAAUAUUUCAAAAAUCGCAUAUGGCGGCCUUGCUCAUACCCAAGCAGGAACACCUUUUUAUGCUAGCCCAGAAGUAUGAAGAAACCAGCCUUAUGAUUCUAAAAGUGAUAUAUGGUCCUUAGGGUGCAUUUUAUAUGAGCUUACAAUGCUAAAUCCGCCUUUCAAGUCUGCGGAUAUGGAAGAUUAAGAUAAAAUGACUUAAAGGUUUCCAGGUUUGAUGCCUCCGCACGCUUAAGACUACCGAGACUUGCUUGUCAGAGGAAUUUAGUUGCCUCAGCAGCGGUCUACUUCGGAACUUGGGGCUUGUGCCGAUAUCCUUGAGUCUCGACGGGAUAGAAAGACUCCUCUUGCUCCACAUCAUUCAGCUACUAUGAAGCCUGAUUCCAUGAGGGAGAUAAUUAAAUAUGGCGUCUUCGUCUGGGCAUGGCCUUCCAGCCAUGCAGCCUCGACUCAUAUUUAAUUAUAUCCGGCAAGGUUUUGCCAGCUCAGAAAUGGACGGCAAUGCUAGGUAAGCAAUUCUGGUUGUGUUCAGAGCCUAGCCCAAGUCUACUUUCAGGGUUGGUUUUUUCCUCAUGGGAAACAAGGCAUGUCAGUUGGAAAGGGGAAGCCCAGCAGAGUCCUUUGGACCAAUCGGGCAACUCCCUAGCGUGAAACUGGGCGUUUACGUCCCAGGCUGCAUGUUUUUCCUUUUUGCCGAGAGCUGACCAGAAAAUCCAUUUUUUGGAUUUUCGGAAAAAGCAACCCAUGCUUCAAGCAAGUAGCUCACUCAUGAGUCGUCGAAGCCGGUGACGUUUGCCCUAGGCGCACCAUGGUGAUCGAAACGGGCUGGCCCAGCAGCCUGUGGGCCCGAUGCGGCGAAAGGCAAGUGGCAAGGCCUGGGAUAGUCUACCCCGUAGUGGACGUUAAGCGUCAUAAGUAGUAAGUUAAGUUAAGAUUCCUUGAGGGAGGGUGGCCCAGGGAAAAAUAAUCACGGCCCUCUGGAACUGGCAGGGAAAGAACCCGUGGCCAAAAACAAUUCGGAUUACUAAUAUCUAGACCGGAUUUCCCUACCCUACUGGCUUCCAAGACUUACCUACCCCAUAUAGCAGCUCAAGGCAAGCUAAAAGUUCAAAUCAAAGGCCUAAGCUUAUUUAGGCUAUAAAGCGAUUUUGGCUCCCAAAGUGGUGCGUCGUCAAAGAUAUAUUGUCGCCACAACCAUAUUAAUUAUUGCAGACAUGGAAGGAUUAUUCCAAAAAAUUGUAAGAGGUCAUUAUCCUCCAAUUUCUAUGGAAUAUUCCAAUGAUUUAUCGAAUUUAAUUAGGACUCUUCUGCAAGUGAAUUCUGGAUUAAGACCAACUUGUGAGAAAAUAUUGGAAAUGCCACUGAUUAGUAGAAAUAUUGAAGUCCAGCAAAUACGAGAAGUGGCUUCGACUGGAAAUUUGUUAAGCACAAUUAAAGUUAGUGGAAGCUUAAAUGGGAUCUCAAUGGCUUUGCCUCCUUCAAAUUAUCAUAAUAGACUUGUGAGUGUUGGAGCUUUAGCAGUAAACGGAGAAAUAAGAGGCAGCCCAAAGUCUUAUGACCUUCUAGGCAAACAUAUUUCUCAAGAAGCCAGCAAUUUCAGGUCAGAUGAUAUUAAAGCUAAAGCUAAUGAAAAUAGGCUGAAACUAGCCUAUCCUAUGUCAAGAGGCGAAAAAUAUAGGAAUAAUCAAAUUCCUUUAAACCAAAAAAGAUAAAAGGUGGCAUUGACUGAAAUUGGACUCCUAUGGAGCAGGUAGGACACAUGCAGAUGAAGCUGAAAGCAGGGCCUCUGUCCCUUUUUAAGUAGGCUUUUAGGCUUGGGGAUCCUUGCCUAAGAGGAAAGUUUCGUUUCUCUCCCUAAAAGGUUUUCCUAUCGAUUCAAGAAUGGCUAGACAGCUUUUGACUAUCAUAUGGCCCCUUUGUCUGGACCAUCUUGGCAGUGAGCUAUCCCUUAGACAGGUGUUUCAAAUCAGAAAUCCAAAAUUACCUUUCAUUUCCCUCUUUUGACUCGUGGGAUGAUGGAGGGUGCUAUUUUGGAGCCAAGACGAGGCAGAUGCUAAUGGGCUUGCCCGAUUAUGGUCAAUUUAAUAGUUUGAGUUUAAGUAAAUUUAGACCAAAGGAUUCAAAUUUUAAAAGAAAAAAGUCGAGGAAACCAGCUUAGAAUGAUAUGGUAUCGCUAA